UUUCGUUGCUCUAAUGCUCACUGCAUACCUCCACAAAAGUUUGGUUAUUUUAAAUUAAUUUUUUUAAUCUAAAAGUGGUUAUUUGCAAUUAAUUUGCCUCCUUCCCAAUCAAAGGUUCCAAUAAUGUUCAUUUCCGCCUCCCACCUUCCUGGCUUUUCUGUAAAAAAGUACGACAUUUCGCUUACCUCAACCACCUCCUAACUGUGUUCCCAUCUCUUUUUAUGAAAAAGUACCUGAUCAGAAGUAUGCGUACUGCUACUCAACCUGAUGCUUGAGAUCACGAGAUUUCGGCUAAUGCUUUGAAACAUAUUCCUGAGGCGUACUGUAUGUCGAUUGCACAGAAUGCCAGAAUACCAUGGGCACCCAGUCGCUUCCAACCAUGUCUGGAACUUGAAAGACACACACAGUAUAAAUAAUUCAGACACACCGUACCCUCUUCAUCAGUUUUAGAUUCGUACCUAUCAUCGAAGCAUCUCUUCCAGGAAACAACUGUGCAAAGUACUAUGUGUCACUUGAUGGGCUUGGUUUUAACCACGACCUUGGCCAUUGUCUGUGCUUCCAAUGUUCAAUUGACCGUGGGAGGGGCCCAUCGGUUGCUCAAAGAUCGAGCCCAAAUAUCGUCCAACGAAAGGUUGAUCGUGGCCCAUCAUUCACUAUCCGGAGUGCACGCCCCAAUAGUGCUUGGGAGUUGGAAUCCGCAGAUCACUGUGUCUGAAAUCUUGUCAGAAUCUGGGAGCAAAAGGACCUUGACGAAAAGAUCGGCUCAUCCAGCCGCUCCAUACCGGGGAUACAAUUUCCGCAGAAACGCUGCUCUUCGAAGAAGACCGAUCCAAACGCGAUCACGAUACUACCGUAAUCAGCGAUAUCGUAAUCGUAAUCGCAAUCGCGGGACUUCCUCUGGUUGAACGUGAUCGCUUGACGGGAUCUCUUGGCUUGAAAAAAAACCAUAGAGUAUAACGGCUAAUGGUGUAAUAAUUGACAUAGUUAUCAACUAUCGAUUCUAUUUUAUGAAUAAAUAUUGAACACUACAGUCCCCAAGUUUAGUUCUUGCGCCUGGCGUAGAAUGAAAUGCAGCCUUUCUUAGCUGCGUUCGAACAAGAAGACUGAUCCACAAUAUAAAGGCUUUCGAAAACCCUAAGGCGCUCUCAGGCGAAUGAGAAUUUUAGCAGAUGGCUUGGCUUUCUUGACUUCUUCAAUGGGAUCGAUAUUCGAGAUGAAGCCCAAAACCAGGCCUCAGGUUUGCAUCUUUCAG